AAUUAUUUGUUAUUACAUAUUUUCAUUAUAAGCAUUGCAACGGAUGUCAACACAUUUUUUUAAUUAUAUAUAAAAUUAUAUAUAAAAUAAAUUUUUUUUUUAUUAUCUCGAUUAUAAAAAAUAAUAAUUUUAUCGGAAUUGGGGCUUUACCUAAAGUAUGAAGACUGCACGGUUGAAUUUACAUCUGUUCGACAAUAUAACUUCUACAUAAAAUAUGAAUGCGCGAGACAGAAUAUCAUCAGUGUGAGAGGCACAAUUGACAGUUUGAUUAAUCUGAAUUAUCGAAAAACGAUGGGAAAGAUAAUGUUUUCGGCGGUUACUGAAAAGCAGCAAGUUUUGGUGCUGUUUCUGCUUGAGAUUAUCCUAAUCGCUCUAAUCGGAGCAAUGAUGACGUAUGGUCCAGAGGCGAAUGCUAAUUUGCUCAAAAAUCACACUAGAAUCAAAUCCACACAAAUAAAAUCACCGGAAGAUGAUCCAUUACGAAUUUAUCCGAUGUAUCAAGAUGUUCACGUGAUGAUUUUCAUCGGUUUUGGCUUUUUGAUGACAUUCCUCAAGAGAUACAGCCAGAGCGCUGUUGGCUUAACCUUCCUCGUAGGUGCAAUUCUCAUCCAGGUGGCUUUAAUCUGCGAUGGCAUAUUGAAUGUAAAAUUAGGCAACAAAGCUUAUCUUUCUUUAGAGAGUUUGCUUAGUGCCGAUGUUGCUGUCGCUACUCCGCUUAUUUCCAUGGGAGCAGUUUUGGGCAAAGUGACGUAUAUGCAAUUGGUAUUUAUGGGGAUAAUGGAAUUGAUCAUGUUCACUAUUAAUAAAUAUGUAGGCGAGCAGCUAUUCAUGGCCGUCGACGCUGGCGAUAGUAUGUUCGUUCACGUGUUUGGCGCAUAUUUCGGAUUGGCCAUUAGCUUCGUACUCGGAAUGAAGGAAAAUCCGAAUGAACAUAAGCUGGAAGGAUCAUCCUAUCAAUCAGACGUUUUCGCCAUGAUCGGGACGGUGUUUUUAUGGCUAUUUUGGCCGUCAUUCAAUGCCGCUGCAUUGACAGGAGAUGAUCAACAGCGAGCUGUAAUCAACACUCUGUUAUCAAUAUCCGCGAGCUGCGUGGUUGCGUUCGCCGUGUCCGCAUUGGUUUCCAAGGACAACAAAUUUAACAUGGUACACGUGCAAAACUCGACCCUGGCUGGAGGCGUAGCUAUUGGCACAGCUGCAGGUAUGAUGUGUGAGCCACUGGGUGCUUUGGUCAUCGGCGCUAUAUCCGGUGUAAUUAGCGUCCUGGGAUACAAAUACCUUACGCCAUUUAUACAGAAACGUCUUCGUAUCCAUGAUACCUGCGGAGUACAUAAUUUACACGGGAUGCCGGGAGUAUUAGCUGCAAUUUUUGGAGCGCUUAUGUCAGGCUUGGCCACGGAAGCCACUUAUGAUUAUUCCCUCUAUGAAAUUUUUCCUGCACGAGCGCCAAGCAAAGUAUCGAAACUUAGUGAGAUACGAGAUUACAAUUAUGGAAUAUCAGCAGGAUUAGAUAGAACGGCGUAUCAACAAGCUGGAUAUCAAUUACUGGCGCUGGCAGUCACCCUUGGGAUUUCUAUUGUUUCCGGAUUAAUAACAGGUUUAUUUCUACGUACGAUGAUGUGCGGAUGGAUUACCGAAGACCAAAAAUUCGAUGAUGGGGUUGUUUGGGAAUUGGAAGAAGAAUCUCAGAUUGAAGUCGGAAAAGAUCGUAAUGACACUCGCCUCAACGAACAUAUAGCUAUGGGCAAUAUCUAACAUGUAGAUGUAUUAAACAAUGUAUAAUAUGCAAAGUGCGCAUCUCACAAAAUUAUUUAAGCUUGCAACAUUAGUAUUAAGUACAUGGUUGGGAAAUAACUCGUUAUUUAGAAUAUCUUUCCUGUUUUCGAUACUUUUUUUAAUAAUAAUCAUUACUUUCUUCGGUCUGUAAUAGUAACGGCAACGUUGUUUUUACAAUAAAACAUUUUUACAGUACUGAUAACGAA